ACUUCAACUUUGAAAACCAACGAAAGGGUAAUGUACAAAAAUAUUAUUUGUUUUUUUUCUUUUAAUUAGCCACUUACUAUUGUUAAUUAUUAUUAUUAUUAUUACCUAUUCGGUAAUUGAUCGAUACACUUUAGACAUUAAACUAACUACCCGAGUGGUGCAACAUCGAAAACUGUAUUCGUGAAAAUGUUGAAUUUAAAACAAUUCGCCAAAGUUUCCCCCGGAGCUAAGUUCAAUCUAAGGCAAUCGAGUUUGACGUGUAACAAGUCGUUGGGUCGCAGAUUCAUUCAUGAGAAUGUGGCUAAGCAAAGAAAAUCAAAUGUCGGAAAAUACACCAUCGGCUCGUUGUUAUUUGGCUUCAGUGCGGUGGUGGUAUAUGCCAAGUACGACAACAAUUUUAGACAAUGGCUCAAAAACAACGUUUCCGGUUCAGAUGAACUGUUGAAAUUAAUUCUGUUUGAAGAAAAAUCUUUUGGAAAUUAUCCGAACAGGCUGAUCGAUAACGUAAAAAAAAUGUUUAUUAAACCUGAAAAAUCUUCUAAUGAGAUUGUUGAAAAAUUAAAUGCGGCACCUCUACAAAAUGACACACCAAAACCACAAGAGAAGAAUGAAAAACCUUCAAUCAAACAGCAGAAAACCGAAAAAAAAGUCUUAUCGAGUACAAAUAGAAAACCACCAUCGGACGCAAAAGCAAUUGAAGACGAAGCAAUAUUUUUGUUGAAUGAAGUUUCGGAAUCCUAUUCGGACGCAUUAAAUGCACUAAAAGAAUAUUAUGAAUUGGCAAAUAACGUCAUAAACAAAUCCGUCAAUCAGUCCAACGUCAGAGCGUGGGAAACGUUGAAAGAAGUUAGCACGGAAAAAGACAAACUCUAUCGUGUGGCCAAAGACAAUUCACGUGAAGCUAACAAGCACUUGGACAAGUUGCAGAUACUAUUGAACGAUUCUGAAAAUAUGAAAAUAUCCAAAGACGUCAAAGAAAGGUUAUACAAAUUAAUCGUACAACAGAAAGUUGGUAUAAAACAAUUGGCAAAAGAUUUUGAAACCGAACGAGACAGCCUAAUGCUUUUUAGAAGAUAUCGCGACCAAAUCAUUAAUAUCAGAAGACAUUUCGCAGAUGAACUAGAAGCAAUGUUUCCACAUAUGAGACUCAGCGAUAAGGACAUGAAAUUAUCAAAUACGGAAUAUGAAAUAUUUAUCAAGUAUAUCACUGAAAAGUUGUUGUUUUAUCAAAGAGAAUUAUUCAAAGAAGAAACCGUCAUCGACGACAAAGUGAAAAAUGCCGUCGACGGACUGAUGAAAGAAGAAGCGGAAGCAAUCAACGAUAUCGUGGACGUCAAAGUGCAGAAAAAUCGUAGAAAACUUUUGGAGAAUUACAUUAAAGACAGUUUCGAGCUGACUGCCGAAAUCGAGUCGAAACUGAAACAACAGUUAAAACUGCAGUCCGAAGUGCACAUGGAUCAUUUGGCCGAAGCAGCAAACUUGGCGGCAAGAGAAGUGGAUCGUCGUGUGCGUUUGGAGUACUCGGAAAAAGCCGAAGCCGAAAGGCUUAAUUAUCAGCAACAAGUUGUAGUCAUGACUACGGUUAUGCAGGCUAUUGACGACGCCCUGAAAGACCAUUCGAAAAAAGAAGAAAAGCUAAACGAAUCGGUUUCGUUGUGGACGGCCUGUAAGUCGUUGUUUACAGCAUUGACCGCCGAAGAAAAUGUGCCGAAAAACCAAUUAAAACCACUCUUGCAACAUGUAAACGAUAUAAAAGCAGCGGGACAAAAUCACAAGGUAAUAAACGAAUUGCUUCAGACCAUUCCCGAAAAAGUAUUGACGCGUGGCGUGUACACCGAAGAAACGCUCAAGGACAGAUUUUUCAACCUCGAAGACAAAGCGUUUCACAUGGCUCUAGUUCCCGACAAAGACGUUAAGCUGUUGGAUUUGUUAACGUCGUUCGUGUUUAGCUUGUUCAUUAUUAGAACGCCGGUUCCGAUACCGGAUGACGAGUUGGCCAACUCUCCGAUUGACGUCAACAAACUGAACAACACGGAUGUCCUCCAGCGUGCCAGGUAUUGGGUGGAACGAGACGACUUCCACCAAGCGUUGCGCUACAUGAAUCUGUUGAAAGGCGGCCCGAAAGCAAUAGCCGACGACUGGAUGAUGGAGACGCGAGAAUACUUGGAAACGCAACAAGUGGCUCACACCCUGUUAGCGUACGCAUCGGCAAAACUACAUUCUCACGUGGUAGUCAAGGAUCCGAAAUAACCUUGUGUCGGUCUGUGUUGUUUAAUCGAUUGUUAUUUUUUUGUGUUUAAUUUAUAUGUCGUACAGUUAUGGAUAGCUCUCGGUCUACUUGUCGGCGAAUUGCUAAAUGUUUACAAUAAUAUAAAAUACUAUUAUUUUA